AUGGCGGCGACUCAGUCUCAGUUCUUGGUGAACUUUUCGAUCUUUGGUAGCAAUCUCAGAGUGGAUAAUCGUGUUUCGUCUUCUUCCUGUGAAAUUACGCGAACGAAUCGGUCAUGGGUUUUGUUAAAUUCCUUAAAAGUUGAGAAAUUUCGACCACAACGAGGAAGCAGAAGAGUUUCUCCAUGUUUUGGGAGCUUCGAGAAUGGUGGGUUUCUUAGAAAUGGAGUCGGUGAUUCUGAUGGGGUUAUAAUCGUCGAUCAUGGUUCUCGUCGCCGAGAAUCUAACCUUAUGCUUGAAGAGUUUGUGAAAAUGUUCAAAGACAAAACUGGAUACUUAAUUGUGGAGCCUGCUCAUAUGGAACUGGCUGAGCCAUCUAUAAAAGAUGCAUUCAGUUUGUGUGUACAACAAGGGGCAAAACGUGUAGUUGUUAGCCCAUUUUUUCUGUUUCCUGGAAGACAUUGGAAUCAGGACAUUCCCUCGUUGACUGCUGAUGCUGCAAAGGAGUUCUCUGGCGUCUCGUACCUCAUAACUGCACCUCUUGGCCUCCAUAAUCUCCUCAUGGACGUUGUGAACGACAGAAUCCAACAUUGCUUGAGCCAUGUUGAAGGUGAUGCAGACGAGUGUGCGGUUUGUGCUGGAACAAAUAAGUGCAAGCUCUACAAUAGUUCUUAG